AUGCUGCGACAGCUCUUCAACACGGCGGCGCUUCGGCCCGCCACGGCUCGACUCGGCCAGGCCGUCAGCACCAGCGGGCCAUCGACAGCCUCGACUUCGUACCUCGUCAACGCCGCGCACCGCCACAUCUCCUCCUCCGCGAUCCGUCCGAACAAGGAAGGUGGGAACAGCAGCGGUGGCGAUGACGCUCCGACGCCACCUGCCACCGCACAGAUCGAUGCCGCAUCGAUGCCCACACCAAAGUCGCCCGCAGACGCACCAACGGCCGCCGACGCUGUCGCAGGCGCACCCGGUUCCGCACCGGCGUCCGAAGCAUCCGCAUCGACACCGGAGCUGGCAUCUGCCGUCACCUCAUCCACCGCACCGGCAGGCCGACCGGCCCCCUCUGCCAGCCUCGACGACAUCCUCGCCUCCGCCGGCUCGUCGGCCAUGUCUCUGCCCGGAAUGGACGCUUCCUCCACGACGACGCCGGAGGGAACGACGACGACGGCGACGUCAGAAGAAUCUCGCGGGUUCAGGGGUGGUGCGCUGCGCGCCGAGAUCCGCUCGCGCUACGCCGACACGCCGGCGCACAAGCUGCACGUGCGCACCUCGCGCAACAACACCAUCCUCACCCUCACCAACCCCGAGGGCGAGCCGCUGGCCUCGUCGUCGGGCGGCAGCGUCGGCUUCAAAAAGGCUGCCCGCAGCGGCUACGAGGCCGGCUACCGCGCCGCCUUCAACAUGUUUGCAAAGAUUGGCGAAAAGCGCGACGCUUGGGGCAUUCUCAACCUCGAGGUCUUCUGGAACGGCUUCGGACAGGGCAGGGAGGCCGUCUAUCGCGCCCUGCUCGCCGGCGAGGGCCAGGCCACCCGGCAGCUCGUGCUCAAAAUGACCGACAAGACGCCCGUCAAGGUCGGCGGCGUCCGUCCCAAGAAGCGGAGAAUGCUCUGA